GCCUCGGCGCCGGGACCGCGGGCGCGAGCCGACGGGGUGGAGGAAGGCCCUAGCGGCGGGCAGCUCGGAAGGUCCCACAGCCCUGAGGCGGCGGCCGCCCACCGGGACACGGAGCUUCCCCUCCUGAUCCCCGGUGUCAGGCCGGUGACGCGUUUUCUCGUUCAUCGCGUGCGUGUGCCAGGCGCCGUUGUAGGCUCUGGGGCUACUGCGGUGAAUAAUAAGGUCCUGUUCCCAUGGAGAUGACGUGAUAUUUGGGGAAGACAGACUGCAAACGAACAACGUGGUGACAUUUUUCUCCCUGGAGCUCUGAGGGUCCCAUGGGAAAUGUGUGGUAAUGCCUUCAGUCACUCCGAUUUAAGAAACGUUUCCUGUCUCUUAUUUCAUUUGCCCCCACAGUAAUCUUAUGAAUAUCAUUUAACUCCACCUUGCAGAUGAGGACUUGAACCCUACGGGAUGAAGGGGAUUGUCCAAAAUCACACACCUAGGAAGGUGCAGAGUCAGAAUUCAAACUCAGCACUUCUGUCUCAUGUCAAGGUCUCUGCACUUUCUAGCAGCACAUUCUUCUUCCUCAGACGGCACAGAGUUAUCCCCGCCUCCCUCAGAAGUUUUGUGAAAUGUCCAGUCGCCCAGAGCUUAUUUCAGACCGUGGCCAUCCUCCUCUUUGCUCAUGCUGUGAUUCUCACAGCUGACUGGCACAUGGAGACAGAACCACCUCCAGAAGGAUGGUCCGUAGUCGAGUGCCUGCCCAGAGCAGGAAUCUCCUGGGAGGCCACUGGCUGUUAACAAGACAAUCGCUUUAAUAAAGCUUCUUUACAGAAUACACAAAUUCAGAAAUAGUUUUUCUUGAAGGAAAUGAAACGAAAUAGCACCAAAACAGCUGUCAACAGCACCAAAUCAGGCAGUCCCAAGGCCAGGGAUGUAAUGUGCAAAACGGCGGUUUUACCAGAAUGUCACACUUCGUCUCCUCACAGAGCAGAAUGCACAAAUUCGAGACCCCAUUCUUCACCCUGUAGAGUCUAUUCGAGAAGCGAUUUCGAAAACAUGUUCAGACCUUCUUCAACCACAGAUAUUGCAAAUCCAAUACUGUCCUUCUUAGAUAUUAAACGGAUUUUAUUUAAAAAAAUUACCAAUAAAGGAGAUGAGUUGAAAAAAGCCUUUCAGCUGCUUGAUAUCGGUCACAACAUGACAGUGUCCAAGAGUGAGCUGAGAAGAAUUAUCACCACCUUCCUGCUGCCUCUCACCAGAGAACAGUUUCAAGAUGUGCUCGCCCAGAUCCCCCUCACCAGCUCUGGUGCCGUUCCGUACCUUGAAUUCCUGUCCAGGUUUGGCGGAAUUGACCCAAAUAUAAACGUUAUAAAGAGGGGCAGUGGAAAUGAAAUAAGUUGCCGUCGGACGUUGAAAGAACUUGAAAUCCAAAUAGGAGAAAAGAUUUUCAAAAACAUUAAAACUAUUAUCAAAGCUCUUAAGCUCAUCGACGCGAACAAGACCUGUCUGAUCCAGCUGCACGAGCUGAGGAGGGUUCUGGAGACCUUCUGUCUGAAGAUGGAAGACGAUGAAUUCAAAAAGUUUGCACAACAGUACAACAUCGAUAAAGAUACCACAGUGGAUUAUAUUGUCUUUUUGAAGAACCUCAGUAUAAAUAACAACUUGAACCUUAGGUAUUCUGUGGGAAACCAAGAGGUCUCAUGGGAGAAUCUACAAGUCAAGAAUUUCAGGAGGGAGCACCUCUCCAGUUCUGAUUCAUCCGACAGUGUUUGGAAAGACUUCUCCUUGGAUGAAAUUGAGAGGACCUUUUGCCAAGAGCUUUCGAAGUCCUAUGAGAGGGUCGAGAAAGCCCUGAGUGCGGGGGACCCCUCCAAAUGUGGGUGCAUAUCUUUGAAUUACCUCAAGAUCGUCCUCGACACCUUUGUAUACCGGUUACCGCGAAGAAUUUUUAUCCAGUUAAUGAAAAGAUUUGGACUGAAGACCACCAGGAAAGUCAAUUGGAAGCAGUUUCUAAAAUUGCUGUACGAGCCUAAGCGGUUGGAAGUUAACCGUACAAUUCCCCUGACCAAAAAAAAUAGUGCCAACUCUCGAAAUCAAUCUCGCAAGGAAAAUAUUGUCGCAAAGCUAUUUAGACAUGACGAUCACGCAUCGCUGAGGAACGUGCUGCUGACGCUUAAUGCCGAACCGAAGAGACAGAUAACAAGGGAAGACUUGCGACAUAUUAUAAAUUGCACGGUUGUAAAAAUAAGUGAUUCAGAAUUCAAAGAACUAAUGCAGGCCCUUGACCCUGGGUGCACCGGGUUGGUCGAUGUCAGCACGUUUAUUGAACUGCUUGAGGAAAACCCUAAGGUAGGAAGACUGCCCUCCAGCACGGACGCCAAGGCGCCUCUGCUCCUGGCCUGGGAUUCAGUGGACGAGAUUGUCCAGGACGCCAUCGCUAGGAACCUGCUUCCUUUCAAUAACAUGCUGCAGUCCUAUGACCUCGCAGACACAGGGCUCGUCGGUCGAAACAAUUUCAGGAAAAUCAUGCGCAUCUUCUGUCCGUUUUUACCGACGGAACAGUUAUCGAAAGUCUGCAGUAAGUUUCAGGAUACUGCUUCAGGAAGGAUCCUUUACAAGAACUUUUUGGCAAGCAUAGGACUUAACGGCCCGCCCACCGUCCCCCCCGUUCUUGCCCCAAAGGAUCAGCCAUUAAGUGAACAUUUUCAGAAAGAGGGACCGCGGCCGCUGGAUCUUUCUGAGAGAAGCAAGCCCACUGAGGAUAAAAAUAAAAGCACCUUGACCAAGAAUAUGACCAAGGGUGAAGUUCUUGAAAAACUCAAGAACUGUGUACAGCAGCAGGACCCCGCACUCAGAAAACGAUUUCUUGACUUCGGCAAGGAACUUGAUGGCAAAGUUAACAGGCCCCACUUCAGGAAGGUACUGGAAAAUAACAGAACAGCCAUGGAGGAUGAUCCGUACGCUCAGCCAACGGCAAAAGUAGGACGUAAGAGAGAAGGGCUAAGCUAUCGGGAGAUCGCAGCAGGAUUUGAAGGUACCAAGAUGGAUGGGCCAGAAUUGACUCCGCCCCAGACUCCAGUUCUCUCGAAGAAUAGCGCGGACGGCUAUUUCAUGACUGCCGAAGAAUGCCUGAAACUCUUCCCCCAGAGACUGAGGGAAUCCUUCCGGGACCCCUACGCUGCCUUCUUCCAGACAGACGGGGACCGGGACGGCAUCGUCAGCAUGCUGGACCUGCACAGACUGCUGCAGCGCUUGCUGUUCAACCUGAAGGACGCGGAGUUCGAGCGUUUCCUGGGUCUCCUUGGCUUGAGACUCAGCGUCACUUUAAAUUUCCGGGAGUUCCGAAAUUUGCUUGAGAGGAGACCAUUCAGAACAGAUGACGCGCCUCAGAGGCUCAUCAGACCAAAACAGAAGGUCACGGAUUCAGAACUAGCUUGCGAGCAGGCUCAUCAGUAUCUUGUUACCAAAGCAAAAAACAGAUGGUCAGACUUGUCUAAGAAUUUCAUAGAAACUGAUAAUGAGGGCAACGGCAUUCUUCGACGCCGCGACAUUAAGAACGCGCUGUACGGUUUUGAUAUUCCCCUCACACCACGAGAAUUCGAAAAGCUGUGGAUGAGCUAUGACACCGAGGGCAGAGGGCAUAUCACUUACCAAGAAUUUCUGCAGAAGUUGGGGAUUAACUAUUCGGAGGACGUCCACCGGCCCUACGUGGAGGAUCAUUUCAACUUCAUGGGUCACUUCACUAAGCCACAGCAGGUACAAGAGGAGGUCAGGGAGCUGCAGCAGAGCGCGGAGAAGACUGUGCCAGCCAGGGAUAAGCUUAUGGACCAUUAUCAAGAUAUCAGCAAAGCACUGUCCAGACUAGACAGAUCCAGAGGCGGCUCCAUAUCCAUGUGCAGGAUGCAGAAGGUGCUGCAGGACUGUGGCUGUUCACUCAAGGAGGAGGAGCUGACCCAGCUUCUGCACAGUUGGGGGAUCAGCUUGCAAAAUAACUCCAUCAAUUACCUGGACUUCUUGAGAGCAAUGGAGAACAGCAAGCUGUCAACUCAGCCAAAAGAAGAAGAAGAGGCCGUGCCAAUCGAUUUUGCGACACUAAACCCAGAGGAGGUUCUGAAGAACGUUCAGAAAGUCGUCGCUUCCUGCGGCCCGGCCCUGUCAACGGCGUUUUCUGCAUUGGAUAAAGAGGACACUGGUUUUGUAAAGUCUUCGGAUUUUGGACAAGUUCUUAAGGAUUUCUGUUACAAGCUAGCAGAUAACCAGUAUCACUAUUUUUUGAGAAAAUUGAGAAUUCAUCUAAAUCCCUAUAUAAAUUGGAAAUAUUUUCUCCAGAACUUCAACUGUUUCCUCGAAGAGACUGCUGUGGAGUGGGCUGAGAAAAUGCCCAAAGGCCCGCCACCCGAGUGUCCCAAGGACGCGGCAAACCUAGAGAUCCUGGCCCUGCUCCAUAAGGCGGUGACAUCCCGUUACCAUGCCAUCGCCCAGGAGUUUGAGAACUUUGACACCAUGAAAACGAACACCGCCUCCAGGGACGAGUUCAGAGCCAUCUGCACGCGCCACGUGCAAAUCCUCACAGAUGAACAGUUCGACAGGCUCUGGAGCGAGAUGCCCAUCAACGCCAAGGGGAGGCUGCGGUACCCGGACUUCCUGAGCAGGUUCGGUUCGGAGAAAGUGGCCACCCCACCCGCCACUGGCGACUCGGCCAAGGCCCACAGAGGGAGCAGUGUCCCCGAAGUCUCGGACGGAAACAGAUCUGCAGCGUCGUCGCCCACUCGAGACCUGAAGGCGGCGACAAAGCAGCGGAGCCACCCCUGUACCCCCGCCGGCACAGCGGCUUUGCCGGGCACCCCACCCUUGCAGAACCUCGAGCCCGUGGAGAACAAGCUCCGGAAGAAAAUCCAGGGCUGCUGGCGACAGUUCCUGAAGGAAUGCAAAGCGAAGGACGUGCACAAGCACGGGGAGAUCACCGCGUCCGAGUUUCUGGCUCUUGUGGAGAAAUUCAACCUGGACAUAAGCAAAGAGGAGCGUCAGCAGCUUAUCGUGAAGUACGACCUGCGGGACAACGGGAAAUUUGCUUAUUGCGACUUCAUUCAGAGCUGUGUCCUCCUGUUAAAAGCAAAGGAGACCUCGCUGAUGCAGAGGAUGAAGAUUCAGAACGCACAUAAAAUGAAAGAAGCUGGUCCUGAGACGUCUUCCUUUUACUCGGCGUUACUGCGCAUUCAGCCCCAAAUCGUGCACUGCUGGAGGCCGAUGCGACGGGCCUUCAAGGCCUCCGAUGAGGGCGGGACAGGGCUCGUGGGCGUGGCUGAUUUCCGGAAGGUGAGCCAGCUCUUAGUGUCUGUCACCUGUGUAAACAGGGAGCAGGUGCCAAAAGUGCCCUGAAAGCCUCAAAAGAGGAGGACCUUGUCCCCUCGCCGGAGGCCCAGGUGUGAGCAGCUGCCCCUUACCUCACUUCCUUGGGCCCUCCAGGCUGUCAAAGGCUGAGACCCUUGCCCCUCACCUGCAGACCCCAGGUUCUCCUCCCUGAAGAUCUCCAGAGCCCUUGGGGCAAUCGCAGUGCAGACGCCUGAGCCCAGUGUCCCUUGGGGCACCACUGCUGCCGCCUCGGCUCCCUGGGCCCCACGCAAGGCCAGGCCUUCCGUGGCCUCUGCGGGGAGCCAGGACCUGCGUCUGCCUCCCAGGGCCACAGACAGGACAGAAACACUGAGGGGCUAAAGCGAGGCCCCAGUGGCCUGUGCCACUCAGAGGCCCGCAGACUCAGCCCCACCUCGUGGGAGCCCCUGAUCCCCAGCUGCCCCCGUCCCGUGUGGCACGGCUGGCACACGCCCCACAGCAGCAUUCGGCUGAGCCUCUCCCCUCGGCGAGGUCUGAAAGGGCAGCAUCCUCGGCAGAAACAUGGUCAUGGGCAGCCAUCUCACCAUGGACACGGCUGUGACCACACCGUCCCUGGCAGCCACCUUACCGUGAACACGGCUGUGACCACACCGUCCCCAGCAGCCACCUCACUGUGGACACGGCUGCGACCACACCAGCCCCGGCAGCCACCUUACCGUGAACACGGCUGUGACCACACCGUCCCCAGCAGCCACCUCACUGUGGACACAGCAGUGACCACACCAUCUCUGGCAACUGCCCUGUUUACGUGGGAGCGCCACCUUGCAGGGCCUUCGCUGUUUCUCCAAAGCAAAAAAAUCGCCGCCCUCGAAUGCCACUCAAAACUGCUGCCUUUAGAACAUGCACAACACCGUGAGCUCCCUGCCCCUCUCUCCACCCCACCCAGCCGCCAAGGCUGAAAAACAAUCGGGGUCUGGAACAUUCCAUUAAAAAUCACAUAUUACAGCCAGAAAAAAAGACAAAACUCAGUCAAGACAUCGAAGAGACAAAGGUUCUGACCUUAAAAUGCACUUACAAAAAAUUCAUCCCUUGGGUCUAUCUCUGCUUCAGCUAAAAACUUAAAGAGGAAAAAAGUAAAACAUCUUUAAUAAUAACCCAGGAA